AUGCCCCCGUGUCCUCCCCAGCACAGCAGGAACAGGGUGACACAGCUGUCUACUCCGGAGCUGGGCGAAAUGGAACUGACCUGGCAAGAGAUCAUGUCCAUCACAGAGCUGCAGGGUCUAAAUGCUCCAAGUGAGCCAUCGUUUGAGCCCCAAGUCCCAGCCCUGUACCCUGGACCCCCACCACCCCAAACUUACUGCCCUUGUUCAGUCCACCCAGAGGCUGGCUUCCCUCUUCCUCCAUCACCUUAUGAGCUCUCAGCAUCCACAUCUCACGUCCCAGAUCCCCCAUACUCUUACAGCAACAUGGCCAUACCAGUCUCCAAGCCACUGACCCUCUCAGGCCUGCUCAAUGAGCCCCUCCCAGACUCCUUGGCCCUCCUGGACAUUGGGUUGCCAGCGGGGCUACCCAAGCCUCAGGAAGACCCAGAAUCUGACUCGGGAUUAUCCCUCAACUAUAGUGACGCUGAAUCUCUUGAAUUAGAGGGGACAGAGGCUGGUCGGCGGCGCAGCGAAUAUGUAGAGAUGUACCCAGUGGAGUACCCCUACUCACUUAUGCCCAACUCCUUGGCCCACUCCAACUAUGCCCUGCCACCUGCUGAAACCCCGUUGGCCUUAGAACCCUCCUCAGGCCCUGUGCGGGCUAAGCCCACUGCACGGGGCGAGGUGGGGAGUCGGGAUGAGCGUCGGGCCCUGGCCAUGAAGAUCCCUUUCCCUACGGACAAGAUUGUCAACCUGCCGGUAGAUGACUUUAAUGAGCUGUUGGCACGGUACCCGCUGACGGAGAGCCAGCUGGCACUGGUACGGGAUAUUCGACGGAGGGGCAAGAACAAGGUGGCUGCCCAGAACUGUCGCAAGAGAAAGCUGGAGACCAUUGUACAGCUUGAGCGGGAGCUGGAGCGGCUGGGCAGUGAACGGGAGCGGCUUCUCAGGGCCCGUGGGGAGGCAGAUAGGACCCUGGAGGUCAUGCGCCAACAGCUGACAGAGCUGUAUCGUGACAUUUUCCAGCACCUUCGAGAUGAAUCGGGCAACAGCUACUCGCCUGAAGAGUACGUGCUGCAACAGGCUGCCAAUGGGGCUAUCUUCCUGGUGCACCGGGGAACCAAGAUGGAGGCCACAGACUGA